AUGUCUUCUACUACUAUUACAACCCAUUUCUACCUUUCAGCCGCCCUUGUGCUUACGGACCUUGUAGUCACCGACGCAGGGUUCCAUGCAGCAAAUUCAGCCGAGUUGUACCUAGCCUCUAUUGCCACUGAUAACCCAGUAGAUUUCUUCUUUCGAAAUUGCGUUGCAAUUCUUGAGAUGAUUUUUCCAAAGUCUGGCAGUAUCGAGUGUGAGGGACAAUUGACCUUUAUAGAUGAGUUUAAGGAACAAUUGGGGGCUUGCGAAACAGAUGAAAAGCGAUUUGAGCUCUUUAAAAAUUUCAUAGACAGGUUGAAAGAACUAUGUUGUCCUAUAUCGGAUAUCAAGGAGAACUUCUUAGCACUGCUGGAGAAGGGGGAAGAUGAAGAUGGCGAGACUUUUGAGCAAGGUGAUUUUCUCAUAGAUAUCUUUGAUCUUCUUCGAGGUCAGAUUAGGGAAGGGGAGCCUUUUGCCGAGGAAUUUGUUGCUUGGCUUCGAGGUGAGACUAACUAAGUUAUUGAUCCUAACGAGGAGUAGGAGAAGGGGGAAAAUGUUAUCGUGUGCUAUUAAGCAUUGGAGCAGUUUCCCUUCCAUUUUAUUGAACAGCAACUAAAGUUGAUCUUUGUUGCCUCUAAAAAAGUUACCACUCCUUUGAUUUUCGUUGCAUGUUAAGUAAAGUUGAUCUCUGCUACCUUUCAACCACCACCCCCCUUUCUUAACCCCUCUUGCCCCACAAUAAAAAUAAAAUCCACUUUCACCAAACACUUCAAACUUGAUAAAACAUUGCAACGAUACUAUGAUUUCCCGUGACUUGCUCUGAUCCUGAAUUCCAAGAAAUAAUUAAAGCUCCUUCUCUUGAGUCAGUUUCUUGAGGCCACCCACGUGAUUAGAAAUGACCCAACAAUUACAAAGACACUCACUCCCAAAAUCCAAGCCAGCUUAGCCUAGCUUACAAAUUUUGUGACCGCAGCUCUAAAACUAGAACAUCAAUCCGCGGUAAGCUUAGGACAAAGCAAUCAAAGAAACGGACAAUGAGAAUGUGGUCAAUGCACACACCCUUCGCUUAACUCAUUGAACGACCUUCCUCCCUUGAAAAUGAUAUUACACAUUAAUGUAGGCUUAAACAUUAUUUGGUCUUCUAAUCUUUUUGGGGUUUCAUGUUUGUGUCACAGUAACACAAUAGAGCUGCGCGAACAACGUGGCCAAAGAACAAAUGUUAUAAUGGUAUUGUUUAUUUGUUUGUACUCAUAGAACACUUUGACCCAUGUCUUAGACCAUUAGAAAACAGUAAUAAAAGCAUGCCUAGAAGAAGAACAUAGAAUAGAGAAUUCUUCUCGUAAUUGUCAGUAUUUUCACUGCCAUACUACAGCUUUACGAAAUAUCAUCAUGAGUCAACAAUCUGAGAAUUCAUUAACGGAGCAGGAGCAAAUUGCCACAGUCCUCCAACUAUUACAAUUAUUGGAUCCGCAAGCCGAGGACAGUCUACUUCGCACGAAUCCCUCGGAAGAUGACACCCUUGUCGGCCCACUUGCUUGCGGCCAUAACAUUGGCAUGAAAUGUUUCGUGGGCCCUACUUGUCCAAUUUGUAGUCGGGACUGCAAACCAGAUGACGAGAAACUGUGCGCUGGAUCAUCUACCAGUCAAGAGGUAGCGCUUCCAACAACUGCAGAAGUUAUUGCAAGUAGUGCUCGUCAACUAGAAGCUCUCCAAGUUGCUAAAGACACGUUCAACAAAAUGCUUGGUAGGAUUGAUUUGUUGUUGGCAAAGAAUUCGGAUGAAGCUCAGAAGACAGCAUCACUCCUGUGGGAUAUACGUAAUCAUCUGGGGAUAUUUCAACGAUGAGCCCCCAACCUGAUCUACCAGCUCGAAACACUCGUUCAAGAUACCGCCAAGAGCCAGAGAUGAAGCUCGAAAGCUCUCAACUAUGGUGCAGUCACAGCACUAUCAUCGAACCAACUCUCGUAGAGCAAACGGACAGUACCAGUCAACUCAGUACUUCCAGAUCUUCUUCAGGCACUUCAGUGGUGACCCAGCUGCCAAACUUUAGUGUUUCCACUCUCAAUAAACCAAUGGUAGGCUUCGGAACCCUACCCGCGCAAAUUACAGUAGGUCGUAGCGGAUUCUUCAGUUGUCUCUCCAAGAGUGCAGCAUCGUUGUUUGAAGAACCACGACUUACGCCGGAAGACCUACAAGAGAUCGCUGAGGAAAUGAUCCGGAGAGAUGAGCUGGAACGAAUGGCUCAUGAUCUAUACUACCCUUGGCCAGAAGAAACUCUGGUAGCUCUACAAGGUCAUGAGGAUGAUGAGGAUGAAGAAACGCGUCUUCGUGCCGCUGCGCUGGUAGAACCCCGAUCGAGAGGGAGGAUUGAAAAAUAUAAAGGCUGA